GCAGCAUGGCGGCCGGGCGCGAGCUGCUGGGAGCGCCGCCGCCUCCCCCGCCUUCCCCCGCCGCCCCCGAGCCGCAGCCCGCCGGGACGCUGCCCAAAUAGCCGCCCCGCCCGGCCCUGCCCCGCACGGAGCGCGCCCGGCCAUGGAGCUCGCCAAGCCGGCCUUCCCCGCGCUGCCGCAGGCCAAGGAGGACUCGGAGGACUGGACGUAUCCCAUGAGGAGAGAGAUGCAGGAAAUUUUACCUGGGUUAUUUUUAGGCCCAUACUCUUCAGCUAUGAAAAGCAAGCUACCUAUACUUCAGAAGCAUGGAAUAACCCAUGUAAUAUGCAUACGGCAGAACAUCGAAGCCAAUUUCAUUAAACCAAACUUCCAGCAGCUGUUUAGGUAUUUAGUCCUGGAUAUUGCAGAUAAUCCAGUUGAGAAUAUAAUACGAUUUUUCCCUAUGACUAAAGAAUUUAUUGAUGGAAGUUUACAAAGUGGAGGAAAAGUUCUUGUCCAUGGAAACGCAGGGAUUUCUAGAAGUGCUGCCUUAGUUAUUGCAUACAUCAUGGAAACAUUCGGGGUGAAGUACAGGGAUGCGUUUACUUACGUUCAAGAAAGAAGGUUCUGUAUUAAUCCUAAUGCUGGAUUUGUCCACCAACUUCAGGAAUAUGAAGCCAUCUAUCUAGCAAAACUGACCAUCCAGAUGAUGUCACCGCUACAACUGGAGAGAUCCCUCUCUGUUCCACCUGGCACUACAGGAAGUCUAAAGAGGAUGCAUGAAGAGGACGAAGAACUUGGAACCAUGCAAGUGGCAGCAGCACAGAAUGGAUGAGGACAGCACGGUCUGCGUUGUGAACUCCUGCUGAGAGAGUUCCCCAGAAGCUUUGCUGAGGGACAGUCCCUCCAGAGCAAGCCUGAACUUCUUAGCCUGUGUCAAAGCUGCUUAGAGACCUGUUACAGAUAGCAGAUUCUGGCUUGAAAACUGCCGCGUGGAUUAAAGCAUGCUGCUAGAACAGGUGCUGGUGACAGCUGAGGAAAUCCUCCUGCAGUAAGUGAAGGCUUUUAGUUGAGCCAGGACACCUGGGUUGGGGCUUUAUAGCCUUGCAGUCUCUCAUGUGUGAUGUGCAGGCCAUGUGUGUGGGGAGGUUCCAGUGCAGGUGGGACAGCAGCACAUUCCCCAUAUUGCCAUUUGUCCUGUGCCAUGUGCUUCAGUGAAGGAGUUAUGUACAUUCUUAAGGGGAAAAAAAAGUCUUUAAGAAGUGUGUUGUGAUUCAGUUGGGAAACUUUCAGCUUUAAAAGAAAGUUUUGGGGCUGUUGGGAAAUUAAAUCCUCAGCCACCUCAUCGCUUACCCUGCGGUGCUACCAGCCAGCUGUGCAGUUCCUGGCUGUCUCCCUGUCAUCCUUCUGAUGAAGCAAGGCUGGGAACCAGAGCUUCUGAGUAAAGCUGCUUCCUCCUUCAGCUCCCCUGGGCCUCCUUGGGCAGGAGUAGAGAUGAAGCACAGGCAGAAGAACGCUACUGAUUCAUCGAACCAUCCCCUGCCAGAGUGCCUUGUUCAUGUCUAGUCGGGUUGUUACCUCACUGGGGUCCUGCUGUUUCCUCGGGGAGGCUGUUUCACCAACUCUUAGGCUUCAUGACUAAGGAUUUCCCACCAGUCUUUUCAUUCCAUUACCGCCUUCCUCUGACUGCCAGAGUCAUUGUGUUCGUCUGCCUGCUGCCCUGCAGAUAACAGCCUCUCAAAUCCAAAGGGAUUCUGAGGUUAUAUUUCCUCUCACAUACUGCUAUUUAGCUUUGCAUUUAAAGCUGUCAUUUCUUGCUUCUUGAUCAGCUCGCUGAUAGCAGGUAUUUCAACUACCAUUUGCUUUCUGAGGUUAAACCAGAGGUGGCGUUUGGCAGCAAGCAUCCCUCCCUGGGGCCUUUGGGUAUUGCUGGAGGCUGGAUUUUCUCCCUGCCUCAGGUCCAGAGGUACAGUCACAGUACAGAAGUCGAUGUGUUCCACAACUGGAUGUUAAGGUACAAGAGCUCCCUUUCCAUUUUAGGGGGAGCUGGGUGGAGGAAGGAGCUAAAGGUGCCAUAUCAUGGGUGGAGAACCACAAACCAAGGACUGAAGGCUUAAGGAGCAGCGAAUUUUGAGCCUUAGAGAAGCUGCUGGUGAAGUCCAGGCUAUUGGAAAGCAUUUCCCUGUUUGAUUUCUGACACCAUCUGUGGUUCCUUUGUUCUCUGAUGUUUGGUCCCUCCUUUUGAGCCUAUGCAGUUGUAGAUAAAGAAGUUCUACCAGUUCUGAAGCCAUGGUGUAUUUUAAUGGCCCCUGCUUCUGAUAGUGGCAAUUUCCAGUUCCUGUGAACUGACAGAUUAAAAUGCAUGUGCCCACAUGUAUUCUUACAGCUGACUGAAACCUCAGUGCCAUUUGUAUGCCACUAUCCAGACUGUUAUCACCUCUCGGAGCUCCUGCCAGCACUUAGCAGAGCCGUUCCCUACUGCACAGGGUUGGUGUUGUGCUUGGUGGUGUGCAUAGUGCCUGCACCAGCUUCACAAUUCAUUUGUAAAAGGCUCAUUUCUGCCCUACAGCUCUUAUGCUUUUCCUCCAGAGGGAUUCCUGACAGUUCAGCAGUUAAAUGGUAUCUCUCCUCAGACAGCACAGAUCUUCUGUACCUCCUACCAUUCCCAAAAGGUUGGGCUGCCAAGGCUGGGAAUGUCAUCUCUAGUACAGAGCUUAGGGCUCAUCCAUGCCAAAGUGGGAUUCCCCCCAGAAGAACAGCGUUGGGCAGCCACAAAACCAAGCUCUCAAGCUCAUUUGUUUUGCAGUGAUCUAAGUUGAGUACAUUGUCACCUGCUCACUUGUACUAAUCAUUUCUCUUAAUCUCUCUUAAUGAGAGCCCAGAGCUACUGAGAUGGAGCUCACAUAAUCCACUUCAAAUCAGUGGAAGAGCAGAACUGAUUAAAACAGUGAGAAGCAAAAUACUC